AUGAAUGCUUCGGCACUUUGUUCCCUGUUGUUAACCCUUUGCUUGAUCCUCAUAUCUCAUUCUCCUUUGCAAGCAAAUGCUAAAGGUCAGAGGGUGUGUGGCCAAGUUUGUAAGGAAGCAUUGGAGGACAGGGCCAUGUGCAUGACCAUUCUGAGAUCAGAUCCACGAAUCCUACGUUCAAAGAACUACGUUCAACUAUCAAAGAUGGUCCUCCAGUUGGCAUUGAACAAGGGCAUUGAAGGCCAGAACUUUCUCAAACAAUUGGCUCUCACAAACAUAUCUCCAGCCAUUGAACAAUGUGCAAACUUUGACUAUGAUGGGGUUGUUGAAUCAUUCAAGAGUGCACUGGGAGAGUUGGAAGAUGAUCCUCAAACAGCAAACUAUGAUGCCAAAGUAGCUGGUGAUGGACCUGACACCUGUGAGAGAGGCUUGGCUGCAGCACAUAUAGUUAACCCUGCUAUUUCUGCUCUUAACCGGGAAAUAUUGUUGCUUAGCAAGAUUGCAUUCCUAGCCACAAAUAAACUUUAA